ACUUCUCAUCACUCUACUACCACUAUAACUCUCCUCUGUUCGCAUCAACCCAUCUUUAUCAUCAAAAAAAAUAAAUAAUUAAAUUAAAUUAAGAUGAUGGUGAGAGUUGAGGUGCGAGAUUUCGACGCCAAGAAGGAUUCCAAGGCGGUGGAGGAGGCGGAGCGAGCGUGCGAGGCCGGCGGCGCCGCCGGAAAACUCUCCAUCUUCACCGACCUCUUGGGUGACCCAAUCUGCAGAGUUCGAAACUCCCCUGCUUACCGAAUGCUCGUGAGUGUUAAUUUUCAGUUUCCUCCCCCCCCGUUUCUUCUCGUGACGGUUUUUCGUUUCUUCCGGCCAGGUUGCGGAGGUGGUGGUGGUCCGGAAGGGCGGCGGAGAGACAAGGGAGAUCGUUGGCAUGAUACGAGGUUGCAUCAAGACGGUUACCUGCGGGAAGAAGAUGUCUAGAAACAGCAAAAGCAACAACAAUAAUAAUCCCCUCCCUGUUUAUGCCAAAGUCGCUUACCUCUUAGGCCUUCGCGUUUCUCCUUCUCACAGGAGAAUGGGGAUUGGGUUUGAACUGGUGAGGAAGAUGGAGAAUUGGUUCAGGGAGAAUGGCGCAGAGUAUUCGUACAUGGCGACUGAAAAUGACAAUAAAGCUUCCAUUAAUCUGUUCACCCAGAAGUGCGGGUAUUCCCUCUUUCGAAGGCCUUCUAUAUUGGUUCAGCCCGUUUUUGCCCACCGGGUUCGGAUCUCCGACCGGGUCACCAUUCUUGAGCUGGGCCACGCCGACGCCGAGGUGCUUUACCGCCGGAAAUUCUCCACCACGGAGUUCUUCCCGCGCGACAUCGACUCCGUUCUGCGGAACAGGCUGAGUUUGGGGACAUUUCUGGCGGUGCCGAGGGGGAGUUACGCCGCCGGGACAUGGCCGGGUGCGGAGGAGUUCCUGGCGGACCCGCCGGAGUCGUGGGCGGUGCUGAGCGUGUGGAACUCGAUGGAUCUGUUCAAGCUGGAGGUCCGCGGCGCGUCGAGAAAGCUGCUGGGGCUGGCGAAGGCGACGCGCGUCCUGGACCGGGCGUUCCCGUGGCUCCGGCUGCCGUCCAUCCCGGAGGUGUUCAAGCCGUUCGGGCUGCAUUUCCUGUACGGGCUGGGCGGGGAGGGGCGGCGGAGGGCGAAGUACACGAAGGCGCUGUGCGGCUUCGCCCACAACAUGGCGAAGGAGAGCGGGUGCGGAGUGGUGGCGACGGAGGUGGCGAACGGCGACCCGCUCACGUUAGGGAUCCCGCACUGGAAGAGGCUAUCGUGCGCCGAUGACUUGUGGUGCAUAAAACGGCUGGGGGAGGACUACAGUGACGGGGCAGUAGGGGAUUGGACCAAGUCUCAGCCUAGUCUCUCCAUUUUUGUUGAUCCCAGAGAAGUCUAAGCUACAACAAAUAAAACAGUACGGACUAGAACAAGUAGCUGCUGCAGAACAACCAGAAGAAGAAUCUAAUCUUAGUUUAGGGGCUUUUAAUAUUACUCCUUAAUUAAUUUUUUUUUUAAAAAAAACAGUGAACAACCAAAAGAAAAAAAAAGCUAGAGAAAGGUUGUCUUUUUUUGUUUUGUUUUUGUAGAUUUUUGCCUUGUUGUGGAAGUGGAAACCAAAUUAGGGAUGUUUUCUAGAGGAGGAAUAUAAUGUUUGGCUCCCU